ACCCGUGAAAUGUUGUAACCAGCUCUCCGUUUGCAACAGACAGCUAGCCGUGUGCUUUGGUAGACGACGGUGGCCUCACUUUGCAUUGCGUUGCCAAAAGGCGUCUCUUGAAGCUUUUUUGGCACAUCGCGGAGACUGGAUGCGCUCGGGGACGGUUCUCUUUGGUUAACGUCAGCUAAGUUUUAACGCUAGUUAGUGGGGAAAGACGCCUCGUUUCUCGUAGAAAAUGCCUUAGAUGAAUUAAAUCCACGCAGUUUUAAUACAUUUUACCCUGUUUGUCCAUCCGUACUCGACACGUUUUGGACUUGCUCUGAGGGAACACGUCUCCUGACCCUUGGUGACAGCAGAGGUGCAGGAAGAGGGCUGCUGAGAGGCCUGGAAAUUGAUCACAAUUUUACCUAAUCUAGCACUGGAUUAAUUGGGCUGCAAUGGCGUCACCUGGAGACGUCGCUGGGGGAGGAGCUAACGAAGAAUUCAACGACAAAAUCAAAUCAAGAUCUGAUGAGCAUGACGCAGUGCAGAAGAAAACGUUCACCAAAUGGAUAAAUGCACAAUUCUCCAAGACAGGGAAGACGCCCAUCAAAGACAUGUUCACCGAUUUGAGAGACGGGAGGAAGCUGCUGGACCUUCUGGAGGGUCUCACUGGCAGUGUCCUGAGCAAAGAGCGAGGUUCCACCAGAGUGCACUCUCUAAACAACGUCAACAAAGUACUUCAAGUCCUACAUCAAAACAAUGUGGAUCUGGUAAACAUAGGAGGGACAGAUAUUGUCGAUGGGAACCACAAGCUGACCUUGGGCCUCAUCUGGAGUAUUAUCCUUCAUUGGCAGGUGAAAGACGUCAUGAAGGAUGUUAUGUCCAACUUACAGCAGACCAACAGUGAAAAACUCUUACUGAGUUGGGUACGACAGUGCACCCGCUCUUACCCGGAAAUCAAUGUGUUGAAUUUCACCACCAGCUGGGUGGAUGGCCUAGCUCUAAACGGCAUACUUCACCACUUCAGGCCAGACGCAUUUAGCUGGGAUAAGGUGGUCAUGAUGAACCCUGUGCAGAGACUGGACCACGCCUUCACUUUUGCCAAAGACCAGCUGGGUAUUGAGAAGCUGCUGGAUCCUGAAGACGUGGCAGUACAAGUACCAGAUAAGAAGUCCAUCCUCAUGUAUAUAACAUCGCUUUUUGCCGUGCUGCCUAAAGACGUGAGCAUGGAGGCCAUCAAAGAAGUGGAGACCCUCCCACGCAAAUAUAAAGUGGAGUCAGAAGACUCAGGUCCAGGACUCGGUCCCCAGACUGUACAGACAGAGGAGGCAGGCAGCAGUCCCCAGCCCGAGACCCCCAGCACCAUGACUGAGACAGAGGGUGAGAUGGAGGGCGGCCUGCUGGAGGGGGACCUUGACACCUACCAGACUACCCUAGAGGAGGUUCUGACUUGGCUGCUGAUGGCUGAGGAUGAUCUACAGGGUCAGGACGACGUCUCGGACGAUGUGGAAGAAGUCAAAGAGCAGUUUCACACACAUGAGACAUUUAUGAUGAAACUGACAGCACGUCAGAGCAGUGUGGGUUAUGUGCUGCAAGCGGGUAACCAACUGAUUGCUCAAGGCAACCUAACAGAAGAGGAAGAAGAUGAAAUCCGGGAACAGAUGACCCUCCUCAAUGCCCGCUGGGAGGCUCUUAGAGUGGAAAGCAUGGACCGUCAGGCCAGGCUCCAUGAAGUCCUGAUGGAUCUUCAGCAGCAGCAGCUGCAGCAGCUUUCUGACUGGCUGACACAGACAGAGGAGCGAAUCAGGAGGAUAGAGACACAGCCAGCAGCUAAGGACAUGGAGGCCUAUAAAGAACAGAUAGAGCAACACAAAGAACUCCAGAAUGACUUGGAGGCGGAGCAAGUAAAGGUCAAUUCUUUAACACACAUGGUGGUCGUGGUGGAUGAGAAUAGCGGUGAGAGUGCCACUGCUGCCCUGGAGGAGCAAUUACAAUCUUUGGGUGAACGUUGGGGAGCCGUGUGCCGCUGGACUGAGGAAAGGUGGCACAAGUUGCAGGAAGUCUUUAUGGUUUGGCAACAGCUUCUAUCAGACCAGAGCUUGUUUAGUACAUGGUUGGUUGAAAAAGAGGAGGCCUUGAAUGAAGUAAAGACGAGCAAGUUUAAAGACUCCGGUGAAAUCAAUAUGAACGUGCGCCAGUUAGCUAUUUUAAAGGAAGACAUGGAAAAGAAAAGAAGGGCUCUGGACAAGCUGUCUGAUGCAGGACACGAUGUGAUCCAGCUGCUGCGAAGUCCUGAGGCAGGAGCGAAGAUCGAGGCAGACACAGAGGAGCUGACACAGCGAUGGGACAGCUUGGUGCAGAAGUUGGAAGACUGCUCGUUUCAGCUAAUGGAAGCUGUGACGGAUGCUGGGAUGACUCAGGUGGAAGAACAGGUCGUCGUGGAUACAGUUGCCGUGGAUUCGGUCGCUUCAAUUGACGAUCAGGACCUGGCCCCACCUGCUCCCCCAAAGAAACGUCUGGUGGAGACGGAUGCAGAAGUCAUAAGAAUGUUUGAAAACAAAAUUUCUGAGCUUUUGAGCUGGAUAAAAACGUGGAAGAUGUCCACUCAGGCACUGGCCACCACACAUCCUGAGACUACACCUGAUACUCCAGACCUUCAGGAGAAUCUAAAGGAUUUGGAAGCAGAACUUAAAGCAAAAGAAGCCACAGUGAGUCAGAUGAUCCAGGGGGGAAGAGCCCUGAUGGACCAGCUAGAGAGAGAGGCUGUGAGUGUGGAUCUGGUGAGGGCAAACAUAGAGCAGCUCCAGACUGAGUGGGAUGUCUGUGCGAGGGAGCUGCAGGCAGCCCGUGAGCGGGUUCUCAUGCAGACCCGGCUGAGAGCGGUUUCUAAUGAACUUGCAGGCUUGGACCGGGUCUUGCAGGAACAGGACCAGUGGUUGGACUCGACCGCGCCUGUAGAAAAGUGCAGCAAGAUGGAGCUCGGAAACCUGAGCGGGAAAUGCCAGUCUCGAAUUGCUCAGGUCACCGCCUUCAGUCCACGACUGGAGCAGCUGUCUGCAGAGGCAGGGUCAAUGAGAGCCCUGCCUUCUCUAAAAGACAACAUGGUGGUGGUUUCUGCACAUCAUGCCUCCACCCUGCAGAAGCUGCAGAGCAGAGGAAAGGAAGUCAAUGAAGCCCUGGCUAAUCUGGAAGCCACGCAGCUGGUACAGUCUGUGGUGGAGGGUCUAGAAGCCAGACUGGCCACUCUGAGGACCGGGAUGGUUGACAUGCCAACAACACAAGAGGCAGUGGAGCGGGCACAGGUCCUGUGUCUGGAUAUUGAACAAACACAGCAAGCCUCUGACCCUGCAGAACUACAAAAAUGGAGUCAGCUGUCCUCCCGGGCCCGUGAGGAGCUUGGCACUUUGAAGUGCAUUCUGGGUAGCAUGAAGGACAAUCAGGUUCGUUUGGAGCAAGUGGAACGUUGGCUGGAUGCAGUUCAGGAGCUGUUGUCUCGGGAUGCCACAGGGAUGGGUGACACAGAGAGUCUAAGGGAAGAGCUGAAUCAGUGCAAGGAGCAUGUGAAUGAGAUGGAGCAGGUGGAAGGUUCACUGAAGCAGAUGGGAGAGAAUGUGAAUUCGGUACAGGCAGCUGCAGUACCAGGGCUGGCCAGGUGGGGGCAGGACAAAUUGGAUGAGUGCCAGGCUCGGUGGACUUCUCUCAGCAAACAGUUGCUGAGCCAUCAGGAGCGCGUGACAGAGAGUCAGGAGAAGCAUGUGAAUUUGAGGAAAGACCUGGCAGAGAUGCAGGAGUGGAUGGCCCAAGUUGACGAGGAGUUUCUCAUGAGGGAUUUUGAAUACAAAAGUCCAGAGGAGUUGGAGGCAUCGCUGGAAGAGAUGAAGCGGGCUAAAGAGGAUGUGCUACAGAAAGAGGUGAAAGUGAAGAUCCUGAAAGACAGCAUCAACUUGCUGGUGUCCCGAACAUCACCCACGGGUGGAGGCAGCAGGCAAGAACUGACCUCAGAGCUAGAGGGGGUACUAGCCAACUACCACAAGCUCUGUGACCGCCUCAAGAGCAAGUGUCACACCCUGGAGGAGGUUUGGUCUUGUUGGAUGGAGCUGCUUCAAUACCUGGACAUGGAGCAGAGCUGGCUCAACACUCUGGAGGAGAAGAUCCAAGUUACUGAAAACCUGCCAGAGAGCACCGAGGCCGUUAAUGAAGCCUUGGAGUCUUUGGAGGGUGUGCUCCGCCACCCUGGGGACAACCGGACACAAAUCAGAGAGCUGGGUCAGACACUGAUAGACGGGGGCAUACUUGAUGAGCUCAUUAGUGAAAAACUAGAGGCCUUUAAUUCCCGCUACGAGCAACUGAACCACCAGGCAGUGAACCGGCAGAUCAGCCUCGAGCAGCAGCUGCAGACACUGAAAGAAAACGAACAGGCGCUCCAAGCGCUGCAGGAGUCUCUGAGCCAGCUGGACCACACGCUCACCUCCUACCUCACUGAUCGCAUAGACGCCUUCCAGCUUCCACAGGAGGCACAGACUAUUGGAGCAGAGAUCGCAGCUCACGAGGUGACAGUGGAAGAGAUGAGGAGAAGAAAUGUGGCCAACUUGCCUCCUAACACCGCUGAUGGCAAAGCUGGCCGUGGUGGGACAAUGCUGGAUCACCUACAGAGGAAACUGAGGGAGAUCUCCACAAAAUAUCAGCUUUUCCAGAAGCCUGCUAACUUUGAGCAGCGCAUGCUGGACUGUAAGAGGGUCCUGGAUGGUGCUAAAGCUGAGCUUCACAUCCUGGAUGUUAAAGAUGUGGAACCGGAAAAAAUUCAGUCUCAUCUUGCCGGUUGUCUGAAAUUGUACAAGUUGCUGAGUGAGGUGAAGCUGGAGGUGGAGACGGUGAUAAAAACAGGCCGCCAGAUUGUGCAGAAACAGCAGACAGAGAACCCCAAGGCCAUGGACGAGCAGCUUACUGCUCUUAAAUUGCUCUACAAUGAACUCGGGGCGCAGGUAACAGAGGGCAAACAGGACCUGGAAAAAGCUUUGUCUCUAUCCCAAAAGUUCCAAAAGGAAAGUGCUGUCCUGCAGGACUGGCUGAACACAAACGAGGCCGAGCUCCAGCAGAAAAAUGGCUGCGGAGACAUGCCAGCUGACAUUGACGUUGAGAUUGCAUGGGCCAAUGGUCUGCUGAAGGAGUCGGAGCGUCGGAAGGCGGAGCUAUCUGGCCUGACGGAGAUCAGCGCUGGUUUGCAGACUCUGGUGGAGGGAAGUGACGCUCAGCUGGAGGACAAACUCUGUGGUCUUAAUGAAGCCUGGGAACGUGUUCACACUUUGACUGAGGACUGGCUUAGCACUGUUCUUAGUCACCAGAAUGAGGUGGAAAUUUUGGAUGAAAACUUGGCUCACAUCAGCACCUGGCUCUACCAGACCCAGAUCCACCUGGAUGAGGCUGAACGGCUGGCUCCAGCAGAAAGAGAAAAAGUAAUAAAGAGCAUGCUGGAGGAGCUGGAGGAUAUCGGUCUGCGCGUGGACAACGUCAGGGAUCAAGCUGUCAUCCUGAUGACCAGCAGGGGGCCCGCAUGUCGAGAUGUGGUGGAGCCCAAACUGGCUGAGCUUAACUGCAACUUUGACAAAGUCUCCCAGCACAUAAAAACAGCCAAGAUGUUGACGAGUCUGGAGUCAGGCAGUGCUGAGGUGAACCAGCAGGUCAUUCACAGUCAGGAUAUGCAAGUUGAAAGUCGGAGUCAGAGUCACCCUGACCAGGCUGCAGUCCCAGGUGAAGUGAAGGACCUUCAGGCAGAGCUCCAGGACACACUGAAGGCUCUGCAGCAGCAUCAGCAUGACCCAGUAAACACCUUGGAUGAUGAUAAGAUGGAUGAGGAAAAAGCCAGUGUGGAGGACUUGCUGAGAAGAGGAGAAGAACUGCUGCAGCAAACUUCAGACGAGGGCCAGAGGGAGGAGCUGAGACUUCUGUUGCUCCGGCUGCAAAGUCAAUACUCUGCUCACAGGGAGCUUAAGGUGCUGCAAAUCAGGCGAGCCGAAGUCUCCGUGCAAACGUCGUCUUCUCACACCUUCAGAGAGGAGACAGCUGAGUUUACAGCUGAGGAGAUGUCUGCAGUGGGGCGUAGCAGUGCGCCCUCGCUGACUCCAUCUGACUACCUUUUAGACAUCAAUAAAGUUCUUCUCGCCAUGGCUGACAACGAGUUGCUGCUGAACUCCUCUGAGCUCAGCGGGGGCCUUUAUGAAGACUUUUCUAGCCAGGAAGACACACUGAGAAAUAUCAAAGACAAUCUGGAGCGUCUGACCGAGCAGGUCACAGGGAUCCACGAGCGCCAGCCUGACGCCAUCCGGGACGCUUCACCUGCUGAGGUGGCACAAAUGGCAGACGCCCUGACACAGCUCAAUGCCGAGUGGGACCGCCUCAACCGCAUGUACAACCAGAGGAAAGGGAGUUUCGACCGUGCUGUAGAGGAGUGGGGGCAGUUUCACUGUGACUUGAAAGACAUCAGUCAGUGGCUGACUGACACAGAAAACCUGCUGUCUGAGAGCGUUAGCCCUGAUGGACAGCUGGACCUGGAAUCUGCACGACAAUACCAAGAGGAGUUGGAAGAAGGCAUUGUCAGUCAUAAGCCCGUCCUGGUUGGACUCAGCCGCACUGGAGAGCAGAUAAUUGGCAAGCUCUCCUCUCCUGAUGGGCCCCUGCUUGAAGAGAAGCUGGAAACUCUGGGUCGGCGUUGGAGAGCGGUAAACCGCCAAGUCCUAGACAGACAGCGGAGGUUGGCUGGAGGGGAUCCGGCCCUGUCAGAGCUGGUGAGGAGGCGCGAGGAGCUCGCUGUGUGGCUCGAGCAGGCAGAAAACGCUGUUAGCUCCCUGCCUGUCACUGCCACUGACAGAAAUCUCAAAGAACUGAAGGCCCUUGCUGAGGAAAUGGAUUUACAGAAUGAGCGUCUUGGCUGGCUUAACAAGCACGCUCCUCAGAUCCUGUCCAGUCCCAGUGUUAGCCCGCAGAACAGAGAACAGCAUGUUGCCAAACUCAGAGGCAUAAACCUCAACUGGAGCAAGGUGACCAAUGAGCUGUUGGACAAAGUGGGUGAAGUGGAGACCAACCUGCAAAGUCACGCCCAGUUUCAAGACAGGAUGAACAGACUGAGUGACUGGGCCGUCAUCACGCACCAGACGGUCACAACCCGCGGCCUGAAUCCUGGCCAGGCACUGGAUCUGGAGGCUUCCAUGAAGGACAGAAAGAAGGACCUGGAGGACCUGUUAGCUCAUUCAAUAGAGCUGCAGAGACGACAGCAGCUGUUGCCUCAAGAAAAGGCUAAGGUUGAGCAGCUGGCAGCUGACUGGAAAGCCUUGGAUGGCCGGCUGAGGGAAUCUCUUGAGCCACCUCGCUCUCCAUGGACACAUCACCAACAUGUAGUCCAACACCAGCAGCUGGUGUCUGCCGUCCCUUCAGCCGUGCAGAUGGCCAGCUUGGUGAGCGAGGACCCACACCACCAAACCCCGCACACACCGGACACCGUGGCGCCCACUGAUCUUAACGAGACUGCCACUGAGCUUGCAGACUGGCUAGUCCUCAUCACCCAGAUGCUGAAGUCUAAUAUUGUCACCGUGGGGGACACGCAGGAGAUCAGGACCACUAUGGGACGUCUUCAGGUGACAAAGAAUGACCUGGAGCAGCGUCACCCUCAGCUAGAGGACAUUUUCACACUGGCGCAGAACAUCAAAAACAAAACCUCCAACCUUGAUGUUCGCACAUCCAUUACUGAGAAAUUGGAGAAGGUGCGCAGCCAGUGGGACAGCACUCAGCAUGGUGUCGAGGCACGGCUCCAGCAGCUGGAUAAUAUGAUUGGUCACAGCAACCAGUGGGAGGAGCAGAGGAAGGAGGUGAUGGGCCUUAUCGGGCACCACGAAGGACGUUUCCAUAACCUUCUUCAGCGUCAGUCCAGAGAUCCUCUAACUGAACAGCUUAAAGACAAUAAGGAGUUUCUCCAAGCUCUGGGCCGAGGCCAAGCUACAGUCGCAGCCUUCAACGAGUUGUCCAAUCACCUUUUGCGAGAGUAUUCUACCGAUGACACCAGGAGGAUCAAAGAGGUCGCAGAUAAACACAAUGCUGCCUGGAACAGCCUCAACAAUAGGGCGAAUGACCGUCACACGCAGCUGGACAGUGACCUGAAGGGCGUGCAAGUGUCUCUCAGGGAGCUCGAGUCCUUCCUCAAAUGGCUCCAGGAGGCUGAGACUACGGUCAACGUUCUCGGUGAUGCCUCCCAGAGGGAAGAUGUGUCGCAGGACUCCGCCCACGCGAAGGAGCUGAGGCGUCAACUGGAGGACAUCCAGGCUGAGAUCGAUGCCCACAAUGACAUCUACAAGAGCGUCGACGGGAACAAGUCGAAGAUGGUCAAAGCGCUGGGCAGCUCAGAGGAGGCCGUGUUCCUCCAGCACAGGCUGGAUGACAUGAAUCAACGAUGGAGCGACCUGAAGACCAAAUCCGCCAACAUCAGAGCACAUCUGGAGGUGAGUGCUGAGCGCUGGUCUCGACUGCUGGGCCUUUUGGAGGAGCUGUGGAGGUGGAUCUGCAUGAAGGAUGAGGAGCUGGCGAAGCAGAUGCCCAUCGGAGGAGAUGUGCCCACUCUGCUGCAGCAGCAGAAUCACUGCACGGCGCUACGGUCAGAACUGAAGGAGCGCGAGCACUUGGUAAUCAGCACUUUGGACCAGGCGAGGACGUUUCUUGCUGAUCAGCCCAUUGAGGGUCCUGGAGAGCCACGCAAGAACCUGCAGCCAAAGACUGACCUCACACCAGAGGAGAAGGCCAGAGGGUUGGCCCGGGCUAUCCGAAAGCAAUCUGGUGAAGUGAGGGAGCGGUGGGAGCGUCUGAAAGGGCACGUGGGCGGUUGGCAGAGUCAGGUGGAGCGAGCCUUGGAGCGACUCCAAGAGCUGCAGAGCUCCAUGGACCAGCUUGACCUGCGGCUGACUCGGGCAGAGGAGGCCAAAGCUACCUGGCAGCCUGUGGGCGAUCUGCUGAUCGACUCUCUGCAGGAUCACAUCGAUAGAACCACGGCCUUCAGAGAGGAGAUUGCCCCGUUGCGUCAGGACGUUCGAAUUGUCAAUGAGCUUUCUGCUGAGCUGACACCAUUGGACAUUCAGCUGUCGUCCACAGCCUCGAGACAGCUGGACCAGCUCAACAUGAGGUGGAAACUUUUACAGGUGGCAGUGGAUGACAGACUGAAGCUCCUUCAGGAAGCCCACAGAGACUUUGGCCCCUCCUCCCAACAUUUCCUCUCCACAUCUGUACAGCUCCCCUGGCAACGUGCAGUUUCUCAGAAUAAGGUUCCUUAUUACAUCAAUCAUCAGACACAAACGACCUGCUGGGACCAUCCAAAGAUGACAGAGCUCUACCAAUCACUAGCGGACUUGAACAAUGUGAGAUUCUCAGCAUACCGAACAGCCAUGAAGAUUCGCAGACUACAGAAAGCACUGUGCUUGGACUUGCUGGACCUCAGCGUUGCCCAGAACACCUUUGAGCAGCAUAAACUCACCAAUAACAAUCAGCUGCUUACCGUUCCCGAAGUCAUCAACUGCCUAACCUCUAUCUACGACGGCCUGGAACAGGAGCACAAAGACCUGGUUAACGUGCCUCUCUGCGUUGACAUGUGUCUCAACUGGCUGCUUAAUGUUUACGACACUGGUCGCAGUGGGAAGAUCCGGGUACUGUCUAUGAAGAUUGGCCUGCUCUCUCUCUCCAAGGGACACCUGGAGGAGAAAUACAAAUACCUCUUCAGCCAGGUGGCGUCAGCAGGUGACACAUGCGACCAGCGGCAGCUUGGACUGCUGCUUCAUGAAGCCAUCCAGAUCCCAAGACAGCUGGGCGAGGUGGCUGCCUUUGGAGGCUCCAACAUUGAACCCAGUGUUCGCAGCUGCUUCCAGCAUGUAAACAAUAAGGUGGAGCUAAAGCCCAGAGAGUUCAUUGACUGGAUGCGCCUGGAGCCUCAGUCCAUGGUUUGGCUUCCUGUCCUGCACAGAGUGGCUGCUGCAGAAACGGCGAAACAUCAGGCCAAGUGUAACAUCUGCAAGGAGUGUCCUAUUGUUGGCUUUAGGUAUCGCAGUCUGAAGCAUUUCAACUACGACGUGUGUCAGAGCUGCUUCUUUUCUGGGCGCACCGCCAAGGGUCACAAGCUUAACUACCCAAUGGUGGAGUACUGCACACCGACGACAUCAGGUGAGGACAUGCGUGAUUUCACCAAAGUGCUGAAGAACAAAUUCCGAUCUAAGAAGUACUUCGCCAAACAUCCACGGCUAGGUUACUUACCAGUACAGACGGUUUUAGAGGGCGACAACAUGGAAACUCCCGUCACCCUCAUCAGCAUGUGUCCGGAGCAGUAUGAGCUGUCCCAGUCACCUCAGCUCUCUCAUGACGACACCCAUUCCAGGAUAGGGCACUAUGCCAGCAGGUUGGCUCAGAUGGAACGCUCCAACGGCUCUCUGCCCACAGACAGCAGCUCAGCCACAGGAAGCAUGGAUGAUGAGCAUGCCCUGAUCCUUCAGUACUGCCAAACACUGGGAGGGGAGGCCUCUCCUUGCAGCCAGCCUCAGAGUCCUGCCCAAAUCUUACAGGCUGUGGAGAAGGAAGAGCGCGGCGAACUGGAGAAGAUCAUAGCACGCCUGGAGGAGGAGCAGAGGACACUGCAGAGGGAGUAUGAGCAACUUAAGGAGCAACAUGGACAGCGAGGCACGCCUACAGGAAGCCCCUGGGAGACGGAGGGCCCCUCCGCCCACCCUGAUGAGGCAGAUCUUUUAGCUGAAGCCAGGCUGCUACGACAACACAAAGGCCGGCUGGAGACCCGCAUGCACAUCUUGGAGGAACACAACAAACAGCUGGAAUCUCAGCUUCAUCGCCUCCGACAGCUACUGCACCAGCCCGAUGUGGACUCGAGGGUAAAUGGAUUGUCCUCCCCCAUCGUGCAAGAUCGAGGGCCACUUACUGAAAACUCAGAUGAGCUGUUGGACUCCCACAACAGCAGCUCUGACCUGGCAGAUGUAAUGGAGCAGAUUAACAACUCCUUCCCUGCAUGCAGUCCCUCAAGCCUCUCCUCGAGACCACAGAUGAUGUGAGGACUGACUGGAGGAUGGAGAGACCAUUCCCACACAAACAAAAUCCCCUGUCCCUAAAUCCCAAAGACGCACAGGAGCAGACAACUUAACUACUUUUACCACCUUGUCUUGUACUAUGCAAACUGUACAUUUUAUGAACUGUAGAUUGUACCGAAUUGAACAUUUGUCAGUGAUUUAUUUAGGUAUGCAGAUGAGUAUAUGGACACGGGGCUUUGUAUAGAUUUUUUGUUUUGUUUUGUUUUUCAGAGGGUGGUUGGGAUUUUGUUUGAAUUCUGUUGACUUAACUGGGAAUCAAACUGUUCCAUUUUUAUUUGUCAUUCCACUGCUUUGUACCAUCGAGCCCCGAGUAGCCCCAGACUUUUGUUAAAUGCUUGGGGAGCGCACACACUGCUCCCGGUGGCUGAAAGGAUCAUUUCCAAAAUGUAAACUGUCACCUCUCGGAUCACCUGGUUUGUUUUCCUAUCUAUCUCGUAGCAUGCUUGAUGUCAAGUUCCCCUUUAAAAAGCAUCGAUAUGCCGGCAGACUUUGUCUCAGCUGCGAUUUUGUUAAAGUAAACUUUUACCCCUUCUGUGCCUACAAAGUUUGUCGUUCCACGCGUGGAAGACGGAGGUGAGAGUCGAUGUAUUAUUGUGGGAUCGUGUAAAAAUGGUUUUGGAAGUUACAGAUUUAAAUCUAAAGUUGUUUUGAAUCUGGGUUUAUGAGAGGCCCGCCGUUAUCAUGUAGAAUAGGUUUGGUUUGUUUUUUUAAAAGAGAUAUAUGUUCAGAAAUCAGAGGAAAGCCAUGAUUGCCUUGCUACCUCAGACUCAUAGACACAGUUUUGUUUUUGUGGUUCGUAAAGUCGUCAAACAGUUGUGUGUUCAUUUACAACCAUGAGCAACCUGGUAUAGAUUUCUAAGCUUUAGCUCACUGUAUUGGUGUACACUGCAAUGAGGAGUUACCAAGUUUAAAAAAAGAAAAAAAAAAUUAAGUUACUAUUACUGUACCACAAUGGGUCUGUGGCCUGCUGAAGCUAGCCUCCCGUUAGUAUUUUAUCUGUUGUUGGGUUGUUUUGGGGGGUUUUUCCACUGGCCUUCUAGCACUGGUCCCUCACUGCGUCGUGUUGUUGUGCUAUAUGCUACCCUGUAAAACUUGUGAGAUUGAACAACACUACUAUAACCUCUGACUGUAAACUGAUGGUGAUGAUGAUUUUAAUGAUCAUGAUGAACCGUACCAUGGCAGAACUGUGUCGCUUCUCCUGAGGUAUGUAAAAUAGAUGGACCACACUACAUGUAAUAUGGCUACGUUGUUUUAUUCAAAAUAAAAUUUUUAUAA